GCGACAGUGAGAAAAGAAAAGAAAAGUGAAGAAAACGAAACCAAGACCUGUGUAGAAGCGCCACCUCGCCGCCGAGGAAAGGAAAAUGCUCACCCGAACCCUCAUCGGCCGCCUCCGCCCCCGUCUCGCUCCGUCCCUCGCUGGCCUCCGCGGCUACUCACCCCGCGCGCCGGCGGGCGCCGCAACCGCCGACCUCGUCAUCGAUGAGGACUCGCCGCGCCCCGGGUCGACCGUCGGGGUCGGGGCCGCCGCCGCUAUCGCGGCCACCGUGCCCACCGUCCUGCAACCGCGCGUGCUCAUCUACGACGGCGUCUGCCAUCUCUGCCACCGCGGGGUGAAGUGGGUGUUCAAGGCAGACAAGCACGCCAAGAUCAGGUUCUGUUGUGUGCAGUCCAGAGCUGCAGAACCAUACCUGAGGUUGGUCGGCAUGGACCGGGAGGACGUGCUGCGGCGUGUGCUCUUCAUCGAGGGGCCUGAGGCCUACUACGAAGGCUCUACAGCUGCACUGAAAGUUGCAUCAUACCUGCCUCUUCCCUACUCCGCGUUGAGCUCCAUGCUGAUUAUCCCCGUUCCACUGCGGGAUGCAAUCUAUGACUACAUUGCAAAGAACCGCUAUGAUUGGUUUGGCAAAGACGACGAAUGCAUAGUCACCAAGGACCAGGAGCUUCUCGAGCGUUUCAUCGACAGGGAGGAAAUCAUUGGUGGUGGUCCGAGCAACAGCUCUUAUUGAUCACAGCUUUUGCUGCAUUGUUUGCUUCUUAGUUCGUACUGUAGGUGUAGGCAAAGAAAGAGAUGUAAGUAGUCUUCGCAGGAUCUCACAUCUAUGUAGGUAACUAUGGUUAGCUCUACUUGAAGUCUUGAACUUCAGCUCCACUACCUUUCAGUCACUGACGGUGUCUAGGAUGAACAUCAAGAUGUCUUCCAUGUUGCGUGGUAACUUUGAGUGGCUAAUGUUAAGAGAGGUGAUUUUUGGGAUUUGGACUCACAAUGCAACAAGCUUUGAAGUGCCUUAUAAAUUUCACAAGAUCACUUAAGAUGUUUUUGCUA